AUGCCCAGCCUGCUCCGCCAUCGACUCGGAUCGCUCGGAUCGCGCUCGCUCUCCACACUCCUGCCAACCUCGCAGCGAGCUCAGGAUGCUGCCGACGCGUUUGUGCACGCCUGGGUCUCCGGCGAGCCGCUCUCUUCGGAGCGCUUUCCUGCAGCGCCCGCGUCGGUGGACGAAAUGUACCAGACGCACCUCGCCAUCCAGCAGCAUCCUCUCGUCUCGACAAAGCUGGGAGGCCUCGGCGACACACGCCGGGCGCCGAGCAGGCAACUCUGCGGGUACAAGCUGGGCGCCAUUGGCGGCGCUGGGCAGCCCUGCAUCUACGCGCCGCUCUUCAGAAACUACCUGGCGCCUGGCGCCGCGUUGUCGGCCGCCGCGAUCCGACUCUGGCAAGUGGAGCCCGAGUUCGCUAUAGUACUUGGGCGAGACCUCCCCACGCAGCCUGACGGCCGGCCACACAGCGUCAGCGACGCUUGGGCUGCGGUGCACCAGGCGUGCAAGCGCGGCAGGCCGGAGGCGUACGAGGCGUCGACCAAGCUCGGGUCAUACUCGGACACGCUCAGUUCCGGCGACAACUUGCCCCGCGCGCUUUGCGCGAACCGAGGCGGCGUCGUCCUCGGCCCGCGGCUAGACGCGUCUGCGCUGAGGAUAGACGAUUUGCGCGGGGCGGCGACCCUCUCGGUCAACGGCGCCCCCGCUGCGCAGGGAUCGGGGGCGGCAGCUCCAGAGGGAGGGCCUGUAGAGGCGCUCGCGUGGCUCGCCAACCACCUCAACGGACGCGGGCUGGAGCUGCGCGCGGGCCAGCUGGUCGCCACGGGUCAGACGUGCAGCACCAAGGCCGUGCGCGCGGGCGACCGUCUGAGGGCGGACUUUGGACGGCUAGGCAGCCUCGAGAUGACGGUCGCCCCGUAA